UCCUCUAUAUCUGGUGUUUCAGUCAGCUUGAAGUGAUUUAUUUAUACUUAUUCCGAUUUUUGGAUUACUCUUGCUCGUGUCUGUAAUAAAUGAGAAAAAUGAGCAGAUAUUGAAUUCAAAAUCCGGUUUUGAUUCUUGUCGACUCCUAUUCACCAAGAACGAACUUAUUCAUGCAAAGAAAAAUAAACAAAAUUUAGCCAGGAGCUGCCUCUUUCUGACAUUUAUUGUUCAAGAUGGCUUAAAUUUUUGAGUUAUCAUCGUUUAUUCUACGAAUCGAUAUGUGGAGCCCUAAGGAGCAAUUACUGCGAUUAACAAGAUCACUCAGGAGCGCCAGGACUGUGGAAUUGCCCAAAGAUAAUGAAGCAGCCGCCAGAUAUCUGAUGCCACUAGUCUUCGGAAAUCAACAAAAGUCAAUCUCUGAUCUUCUGGAAAACUCUGAGUUUGAUGUAAAUUUUGCCUUCGGAAGAGUUCAAAGAACAUUGCUGCAAAUAGCUGCAAAUGUUGGCUCUGCAGAAUGUCUCACGAUAUUUCUCAAGCAUGGUUCCAACCCCGAUUAUCAGGAUAUAUCUGGUUGUACUGCUUUACAUCUGGCUGCCAGAAAUGGAAAGCGUCGUUGCGUCCAGAAGCUUCUCGAAUUCAAAGCUGAUCCAGAAAUAAGAAAUAAUGAAGGAUUUACCACAAUACACUGGCUCGCUGUAAACGGUAGAGCAGAAAUACUAGGCGAUGUUUUACCUUAUGUGAAAGAUGUAGAUUGGGAGGACGAUCGUGGCCAGACAGCUUUGCAUGUUGCAUCUCAGAACGGACAUAAAUCGACUGUACAAUGCCUUCUGGAACACAAUGCAAAAGUGAAUAAAGCAGAUAAGACUGGAUAUACAGCCUUGCAUUUCGCUUGCAGUCACGGACAACGACACACUGUACCAUUACUUCUUGAGCAUGGAGCAACACAUAUACCUGACCAAAGUGGGGAGACGCCCUUGAAUAUGUGCUUAAGGGGUGGAUACGGUACAACGCUUCAGCUAUUACUCGACCAUUUUCCCAGAUUGUUAAACACACUCGUUCCUGCUGCUGCAAAAAUAAUGGAAUCAAGAUACGAUUCUGUUAUGUGUUGUUUUCGAAACUUGUGUUCGGUCCAGAAAAAAGAAUCCAUUUUGAAAAAUAUUUCUGAGUUUACAGCAAACAGCGGGUUCCAACUUCUUAGUGUGUCAAGUGAUUAUGAAACACAGGUGAAAUGUUUUAAAUCUUCAGUUGAACUUCUGACAGUCUUGGAUGAAGAAGGAAAUCUAGAAGUGUUUCAGAGUCUUGAAGUUCUCUGGUCUUCACUGGAAGAAUGGAUGAUGGUAUUAAAAAAGGAGAUUGAAGAAGCUAGUUGCAAAGACAACACAACUGAAGAUAAUUCAGACAAUUCUCCUGAAUCUACCACUGUGUCAACAGAGAGAAACAUUCUAUCAAUGACCCAUGACAGAAUCUGUGCAAUUGUGGAAGGUUUUUAUCUCUGCAUGCAAUGUUUGAACCAUGAAAAGGAUUCGACUCCUGUUCGCUUCGAAGACUUUGUCACUCGCCAUCACUCGGUGAUCAACUAUCUCAUUGAAAAAGAUAACAAGAUUAUAUUUAAGCAUUUCAGUUUUCUUCUGAAUUGUCCGACUAUUAUGUCACAAUUUCUUUCUGUUAUUAAAAAACGUCCGUUCAACGAACGUUACGAAUGGUUUUAUGAGAAUCUUCACUCUAAGAGAAUCAAAGAGGCAGAGCAACGAAUACGAGCUAACAUGGGACUACCUGAAGCUUUGAAGAUUCGUCGCAGUCAUGUUUUUGAAGACAGUUGUGAGGCACUGGAGAAAGAAUCUGCUGAUUCAUUGAAGUAUUACAUCAGCGUUUUAUUUCAAGAUGAAGAAGGAAUGGGGGCUGGAGUUCUUCGUGAAUGGUUUGACGUUUUAUCAAAUGAAAUCUGCAAUCCAGAGUACGCUCUCUUUACUCAAUCUGAUGACGGUUCAACAUUUCAACCUAAUUGUAAUUCAGCCAUCAAUCCUGAUCAUCUCAAUUAUUUUAGUUUUACAGGCCGCAUCCUGGGCCUAGCACUUUAUCACAAACAACUUGUGAAUGUUUAUUUUACCCGUUCUUUCUACAAACACAUUCUCGGAAUCCCUGUCGACUACACCGACGUGGCUUCUAUCGAUCCUGAAUAUGCAAAGAACCUACAAUGGAUAUUGGACAACGAUAUCACAGAUCUUGGCUUGGAUUUGACUUUUAUUGUGGAGACAGACGUUUUCGGUUCGAUGCAAGAGAUUGAGUUGAAAGCAGAUGGGGCAAAUAUUCUAGUUACCGAGAAAAACAAAGCGGAUUAUGUUCAACUUGUCACAGAACUUCGAUAACUUCGAACUUCUUGUCACAGAAAGCCGAUAAUCACCAUAUGAUUAGUAAGAUUUUGUAUUUUAGAGUCUUUGAUUCAGAUAUUCACGGAAUCAGAAUUAGAACUCCUACUUUCUGGGUUAUCAGAGAUUGAUGUGAAGGAUUGGAAAAACAGCACAAAAUACUCUGGAGGGUAUAGUGAAGAACAUAAGGUUAUCCAAUGGUUUUGGAAAUCAGUGGAUUCCAUGUCUAAUGAUGACAGAACCCACUUGCUGCAAUUCUCCACUGGAUGUUGCCGCGUUCCGCAUCGGGGAUUUUCCCAGCUUCAAUCAGCAUCUGGUGGCAAAGAAACGUUUGUUAUCACAUAUCUUCCUUAUCAAGAUAAUGAUGAAUUACCGACUGCAAGCACUUGCAUAAACAUGUUGAAGUUACCUGAGUAUCCAAGUUUCGAAUUCCUUGACGAAAAAUUGAAGAUUGCGGUUCGUUGCGGAAGUCAAGGAUAUGCCAAGACAUGAUGAAGCGAAGGAAUCAAUCUUUCAAAGUUCCAAAUAAAUAUUAGCUAUUUUGUUCCAAAAAUGGGUGCUUUCGUAGUAUGUGUACCAAGAUGGCGCACAACCUGAACGUAGUAUGUCUACCAGGUUAGGGUUAUCAGGUUGUGCGCCAUCUUGGUACACAUACUACGGGAGCGCUCGAAAAUGUUCAACCUUUUUACUUCCCUUUCUGCCUUUGUUCGUAGUGGUUCACACGCACAACCUAUUCCCUUAUUGGACACGUUUAGUGGCCAUAACGAUCAUUUCAAAAUUUUAUUGUUAUUGUUAUUUGUCUUCGUCUCCAUUUUUAAAAAAUCGCUUUUCUCUUCGAAUACUGGACCAAUUGCUUUGAUAUUUU